ACUCAAGAAUCAAGAAUGUGAGGUUAGGUAAAAAUGUUUGACAGAAUAUUUUAAAAUGCUGAAAUAAUUUUAUAAAAGUAAUAAAAUAUAUCUUCUUACUUACCUCAUUUGAAAUGGUCCAAUAUAAUCAGUCACUGUCACUAAUAUCUCGAACACUAGUCAAUAUAAAAUCCACAAAUCUUAAGUUUAAUGAGAAAAUAAAAGGUACCAUAGUAGAAAAAUGGGUGGCUUAUUGGAAACUAGUGGCAAAAGAUUAUAAAGAUGUUGGAAGAUCAUUAAAACAAGAUAUAAAAACAAAACCAUUGCGAUCUGGUUUAUAUUUUACAGGUGCAAGUUUGCUAGGACUUUGUGCAUCUUUAAACCCCGAUAUGCAAAGUUUUAGAGCAAAAUAUAUUCAAUCUGCAAAUGAUUUAGGGUUAGUUCCUACUACACUAGCUAACCCUCAAGCCUUAAAUCAUUUAAAAUAUAUUGAGAGAAGCUUUAAUCACAACCUUAUUCGUUACAUAAAUUUAGGUGUUUUAUCGAUAAUCUGGGUGGACAAAUUUAGUGAAGAUUGUAAUUUAUAUGAAAAUACUUGUUCUUAUCUUCAAGUCCCAUUUUGGGAAAUUAGAAAGAGAAUGCUUGAUAUAGGAUUUUUAAAUGUAUGGUGGAUAACAUCCAGAAAAAUGCUUGACUAUGAUAUAAAUUAUUAAAAAAGUAAUAUACUUAUAUAUAGAG